AUGAGGAAAUGGAGUGCGAUAGUAGUGAUAAUGAUGAUGAUGGUGAUGGCUGCGACGGUGACAGUAGAAGCAAAACAUGAUUGGAUUCGAGGUUUUGAACGUUGUUUCCGUAACUGUUCGACAACGUCUUCUUGUGCCGAUAACGACGGUGAUUGCUUUGAACGUUGUAAACUCCUGUGCGGUGGUCCUAACCCUCCCCAUGGUCUUACUCCUCCUCCCGGUCGUUUCUCCUCCUCACGAAUCUCACGUGGGAUGGCAUCUGUGGAAGUUCGCGGAAGGAAGGAGUGA